CGUAUAUAAACACGAAGGCGCAGGUUACGCCUCAGUUUCAGGAAGAUUCGCAGAGGUUCUUGCUUCAACAGUGAUUGAACGGAACUUCGAUCUCGCUGGAAAUUCCAUUCGAAAACAUCUUGAUAUUUAUUCUUUUUUUACCAACACUUUUGUAAUAAAACUAUAAAAAUCCGCCGAAAUGGAUUCUCAGAUUCGCCAGAACUAUGACCGCGACUGCGAGGCUCUGAUCAACAAGAUGAUCAACUUGGAGCUUUACGCUGGAUACACCUACACCUCCAUGGCUCACUACUUCAAACGGGAUGAUGUCGCCCUUCCUGGUUUUGCCAAGUUCUUCAAGGAGAACAGCGAGGAGGAACGCGAGCAUGCUGAGAAGUUCAUGGAGUUCCAGAACAAGAGAGGGGGACGCAUCAUGCUUCAGGAUGUAAAGAAACCUGAUCGUGAUGUGUGGGACAAUGGACUGACUGCUAUGCAAGCUGCUCUUCAGCUGGAGAAGAACGUCAACCAGGCUCUGCUGGAUCUGCAUAAGGUCGCCUCUGGGAAGGGAGACCCUCAUCUGUGUGACUUCCUGGAGACUCACUACCUGAAUGAGCAGGUUGAGGCCAUCAAGAAACUUGGUGACCACAUCACCAACCUUUCCAAGAUGGAUGCUGGCAACAACAGGAUGGCAGAGUACCUGUUUGACAAGCACACCCUGGAUGGAGGCAGCAGCUAAAUAAACCCCUUAGAUCAUCUACAUGCUACAAAGCUUCCAACUAUACUGUAUGCAGAAAAAAAAAACAUUUAGAGGCAUUUAGCUCUUUUGAUUGGUCGUAUUGUGAUUUUUAUUCCUCAAGCUGAUGCUUUUGUGUUUAAUGUACAUUAAUUGGUUUUAACCAAGUGAAUUAGAUGAAUAAACAUUUUUGGCUGGAA